AUGGGUGAUCUGCCGCGGUCACGCGUCAUGCCAGCAAGGCCAUUCUUGCUCACCGGCGUGGACUACGCCGGCCCCAUCCAGUUGCGAACGAGCAAGGGGCGCGGGCAUCGAGCUCACAAGGCCUUCAUCGCGGUCUUCGUGUGCCUCAGCACAAGGGCGGUGCAUAUUGAGGUGGUCUCCGACUACACCGCGGAAGCAUUCCUGGCAGCAUUGCGGCGGCUCACGGCUCGGCGGGGUCUCUGUCGCUCCCUUCACAGCGACUGCGGCACCAACUUUGUCUGCGCCGACGCGCAGAUCCGAGCAUUUUUCGCCGCCAGCAACCCGGAACAGCGCCAAAUCGCCGAUCAGCUGGCCAACGACCGGAUUCAGUGGUGCUUUAACCCCCCGGCAGCACCUCAUUUCGGCGGUCUUUGGGAGGCAGCGGUGAAGUCGCUCAAGCACCACCUCCGCAGAGUGCUGGGCGAGACGAUGCUGACAUACGAGGAGAUGAGCACCCUCCUCACGCAAAUCGAGGCUUGUCUGAACUCUCGACCUCUCCAGGUGCUAUCGGACGACCCGGACGACCUGGCGGCCCAGACACCGGGGCACUUCCUAGUGGGAUCAGCCCUCAACGCACUUCCCGAGCCGAGCCUCCUGGAGGCACCAAUUGGCCGCUUAACCAGAUGGCAGCAACUCCAGAGGAUGCGCGACCACUUCUGGGCCCGGUGGUCCCAGGAGUACAUCCACUCGCUCCUCCAACGACCGAAGUGGUGGACGAAGAGCGACGACGUGCGAGUCGGUCGCCUGUGUCUCCUGCGCAAUGACAACACCCCGCCGACGCGUUGGCCUCUGGCCAGAAUCACGCGGGUGCAUCCUGGCGAGGACGGUCAAAUCCGCGUAGUCACGAUCCGCACCGCCGCCUCGGAACUGACGCGACCGAUCACAAAAUUAAUCCUCCUGCCGGAGAGCAACUCCGCCGCGCAGGAGGACUAG